UGAGUUGAGUGCGGCUGCGCUCGCCGUUGAUGACGCGUUCGCCCGAGAAAAGAGGGGCACGGAUAGAGGAGGAAGGUGAAAAACACCAGCAGCCCGACCACACAGGGAGGGGAGGAGUACUACAGCCGCCUGCUCCUCCACACAAACAGUUUCUCCAGGCCACCAGAGCGGCUUAUCUGACGAGGGGAGGCUUCAGUUCUCGCCGACAAGCACCCGCUCCAUCCGACUGACCGAGCGCUAACUUAGCUUCAGAUUAGCCGGCUAAACCCACCCAGCGCAGCGCCAUUAUAUGAUCCACUUCCCAGCGACACUGCUAGCGUUACUGCCCUCCAUGUGGGUGAGGGACCUCUGUGUCUCGGAUUAUGGCGAGAAAAACAGUUAGCAGGAAAAGGAAGGCAGGGGAGCUCAAGGAACAACAGCUUGAUUGGUGCCAGUCUGUAUAUAAGCGUGCCCGUAUAUCGUCUUUGUCGCGGCAUGCCCAGCAGUGGUGGCAGGGUCGUCAGUCAGUGGUUUGCGCUAUCCGGGGACGGGAAUUCCGCCCACAGCAGCAGCAUGAGUGGAGGUUCCAGAGCAGCCUGCGUGGCUUUGCAGCCGGCCGCAUCCCUGGAAUCCUCCGAGAGCGAGAGUUCUCCCUGGGCUGCCUCAACAAAGUGUUUGCCUCUCAGUGGCUUAAUCAUCGUCAAGUGGUGUGUGGGACCAAGUGCAAUACGCUGUUCGUGGUGGACGUCCUAACAGGACAGAUUACCCGGAUUCCCAUGCUGAAGGACAGAGAAGGAAGGGGAGGGGGCUCCCUGGGCCCACUUUUUCAUGCUCCAGGCUCAGCUGCUGGACUGGAUGCCCAGCAGGGCUGUGGCAUCCAUGCCAUUGAGCUCAACCCUUCACGCACCUUGCUGGCUACUGGAGGAGAUAACCCGAACAGCCUGGCUGUCUACCGACUGCCCACUCUAGACCCUGUCUGUGUGGGGGAUGAUGGACACAAUGACUGGAUCUUCUCCAUUGCCUGGAUCAGUGACACUAUGGCUGUGUCUGGUUCUCGGGAUGGCUCCAUGGGUCUCUGGGAGGUGUCUGAGGAGGUGCUGAACCUGGCUGAGAAACAGCAGGCUGAGGAGGUAGUCCCCUGCUAUGCCCACAUCUCUCAUCGUGCCCUUAAAGACAUCCCUAAGGAGUACACCCAUCCAUACAACUGCAAAGUGCGCGCCCUAGCCUUCAAUAACAGCCAUAAGGAGUUGGGUGCAGUGUCUCUAGAUGGAUAUUUUCAUUUAUGGAAGGCAGAAGACAACCUGUGUAAGGAGCUGUCUACUAAGCUUCCUUACUGCAAGGAGAAUGUGUGCCUGGCAUAUGGACUGGACUGGUCUGUGUAUGCUGUCGGAUCCCAGGCUCACGUGUCCUUCCUUGAUCCUCGGCAAUCUUCCCAGAACAUCAAGUCUGUGAGCUCCAGGGAGCGUGGCAGUGGGAUCCGCUCUGUCAGCUUCUAUGAACACAUAGUGACAGUGGGCACAGGCCAAGGCUCCCUGCUGUUCUACGACAUCAGGGCCCAGCGUUUCCUUGACGGUGCAUCCAAUGUUCCCGGCGGGUACCGGAAGUCCAGUGCAGAGGGAAUCCUUAAACUCGCCACAGGGAGAGGCUGGCUGAACCAUGAUGAGACGUGGAGAAGCUACUUCUCGGAUAUCAGCUCCUUCCCCAACGCCGUCUACACACAUUGCUACGACGACUCUGGCACCAAGCUGUUUGUGGCUGGAGGACCUCUGUGUUCUGGGUUGCACGGAAAUUACGCUGGUCUCUGGAGCUAGCCUCCUCCAUCCAUCUCCCUCAGCGCUCCCACUCUCUCCAUCAUACACGUUUCAGUAUACACACCGGUCAUCAUCGCUCCACUUUGCUCCACUCCAUGUUUGCUCUCUCUCUUUCACUCUUUUUUUCAUCCCUCAGUUUGUCUUCUCUGUUUUCAGUGGACUCAGGAGAGUAAAUAUGAUUCUUCACAUUUCUAUAAUGUCUGUGUCCUGUUGUCAUAGUAAGGUGUCAUCUGCCUCUUUUUUUCUCUUUAUGUUUGUUUGUUCCUCAGCUCUUCAUUAAUUGUGAUGUCUGUGACAAAGCAGAGCUUUGACUGGCAGUGAGGUGCUCGGUGUGGCGUUGCCUCUGAGAACUCUGAUUGCUUAUAAAGAUGUAUUAAAAUAUUUAACAGCCUUUUCAGGAUAUUCUUUCAUCCAAUUCAUGCUUUUUGGUUUCCGCCCUUCUGAGUGGUGUGUCUUGAGGAUAACGAGGCUUAGUGGCAAGGCUUGGAGAAAGUCUGUUAUUUUAGUGCAGACUAUUUGCUGACCCUGUGAUUUGUUCCUUUCUGGCUGGCAUUGGACUGAAGUACAAUCGAAAAGACUGAUUUAAUGUGGAACUUCACUCUGUUUGAAAGAAGAGAUCCACCUUAGCUUUACUGUGCCAUAUUAUGCCAUGAUGGUCACAAAGGGAUCAGGGUCCACAGAGCGGCAAGCGGACGUGUCUGGAGAAAACGUCUGAACGAAACAUGGACUUGAGCUCAGACUGUGGCAGACAUUUUGUUUUUCUUUUGUUUCCUCUGCUGGUGAGAAGAAAUGAUGACAGUUUCAGAAAGUUAACACCACAGGAACCGAUUCUGCUUCUGUGGUUGACACUGACCUGUAUUGAAGAACGACUUUAAUUUGAUUGUCCUGCUUUGUGAGUGAGAAUAACGUUAGAAAUGCUCUUUUUUC